AUGGGAGUAACAGGUGAUGUUAAUCCUAUAGAUAUUAUAGGUUUUUUCGGUGGUAUUGGAAGCGAAUUAAAAUUAGGUAAAAGAGAUAAUAGUGGUAGAUCUAUAAAAAUAAAUAAAAAUGAUACUCACAUUAUCCAAAACUUUUAA